GUCAAGCAUCAUUAAUUAGUUCUCUUGAUACAUCAUGUCUUGCGAUCCUGAAGAGAUAGUCGUACUGUGUGAUCCUCCUGAGGAAGGAAGUGAAGGUGAUGCUGAGGUUGACGUAGAACUUCAAAGGAGAGCAGUACAACACUUCAAAACUGCAUUCCGAGCGAGAUGUAGGAAAGUUGCGGCUAACGAGAUGUACCACAGGCUUCGUCGAAAGUGCAAAUACAAUCCCCGGGAAUACAAAUCGAGGCGGGCCUACGACCGGGUGAUGAAUCAGAAGGGUACCAUUUAUAGACGGAAGUUGAUUGCCACCGGCAAGUUAAGUGAUACCCUGAAGAUGAACGCUGCGGAACGGUUGUUUGCCCUGCUUCCGGGGUACUUGCAGUGGGCGAAGAUCAGGGUACUGGAGGACUGGAGGGAGAGAAAUCGGAAGGCGAAGGACCGGUUGUACCAGUUGCAAAAACGACGACGAGAAUUUGUUGAGCGGGCGUUGCGUUCGAGGGACACGGACCGCUUAAUUAUAUGUUUCCUCAAAAGACCUCUUGUGCUGCAGAAAAUAUUCGCCGAAGGCGAAGAUUUUCGACCGGCGAUAAAGUUUCUUUUGGGGCAACGUAUCACUAAUUAUGUGGUCCGGUUGGUGGAGGUGUUGCGGGAGAGUUCCACAUUCCAAACGAGGGCUGAGGAAUUCUUGCAGAAGGGGCGCCGGAUGCCCAGUUUCGUACCGACCUUCGAAGCUGUGCAUCGGGAUAGUCCCUUUGUCGAUGCGAGACAUCCUCGGCUUCCGUUGAUGUACCGUAAGCAACUGAACAGACUGAUGUCUUCCAAGAAGGUGGUGGAGGCAAUGGUCUGUGCAGUUCGGUGCAAGUGGAACUAUCCUAAAAUAUUUCCACCCUCUAUGACUGAGUAAUUUGAUUUCGUUGUGGCUCUUCUCUUCCUUCCUUUGUCUUAAAUAAAUCGGUUUUUACUUGCUGAUUUGGUACAUCCGCCUGGCAGCUGACAGAUCUAUAAAUAGUCCAUUUGUUAUAAAAAUACCUUAGAGAAGGAAAGAUAAAGGAGGGGUAAGGGUACUCUUAAAAUGUAAACAGCUGACGCCCUGAGGUACACUAUAUUGUCCACGAGUAAAAUACAUGCGGAGUUUAUGCUUAUGCAACUUAAAGUACAGGGAACGCUGCUGUAAACGCCCCGAUCGGUUGUUCGAUAUUUCGUAAUGAAAUUUGCAAAAAGAAUACGCUGCAGUGUAGUUUAAGUUGCUUAUAUAAACAAUCAAAAGAUCCCACUCCAAAGUUUGCCUAUGAAAUUAGAUGCAUUACCGAAGAUCGGAAGUUUGACGUUUGUGAAUGUCAAAUCAUAAGGUGUUUUAUGAGUGAAAUAGGUUAUUGUCAUAUAGGUUAGUCGUACGGGAAAUAAUUUUUUAAAAAAAAGGAAGUGUUUUUAUUGUGGGAGGCUGUCGAUGAUUUUUCUUAACGUUUCUCGUUGUUUUUUGCCGGGUUUUACAAAAGACGGUAUCGGUUCUGCGCGAUUAAAUACUUUCACAAAGUGUUCGGCAAUUUUGAAUCUCCCCCUGCCCUUUAGCUCCACAAUGUAAUUUAUGUGGCGAGUUACUCUGACCACGUCCACACCCUCGCCCAGCCAAUAGCCCAUGAAUUUGGCUUUCGCCCAAACCAAGUCCCCUACAUUUAUGGGCGGUGGAACGGUGGCCAGAGGAUUGACAGGGUCGGUAGCUGAUGGUGAGGGCGAAGAUGAUGAGGAGGAAGAUGAGGGCGGAGAGUGUCGGAUCGGCGACGGCGAUGCGGGGUUCGUCACGAUGUCGUCCCACCCGGCUUGUGCGCCCGCGUUUGAUGGACCAGCAACAGCUGCAUCGAUCGCUGCCCGUUUGUUCAUCUGCCUUGAACGUGGCCUACUUCCGUCCGCACAGCGAUGGACCUCAAUAGCGACCGAUGUAGGUGCAGAUGAAGGACCGACAACAUCAUCAAUCACCGCCGUUGCUGUGUCCUCAACACCUGCCGUCGACACAUCCGUCGAGGACGACUCCUGGGACGACCUUUCUCGCAUCGCUUUUCUCCCCCUUUUUUGCCUUUGUGGCCUUUUUUGGUACACUUUUGGCUUUAUCUCGUACCAAAAAGGGGGAAAAAGUCGGAGCGCUUGCCCCAGCAACUCUUUUGCCUCUUCUUCGGAGCCGGCUUCGGCCACAAAAUCGUUUACUUCGCUUUUCUGCAGCAAUGUUUUCAAUAUUUCGACUGCUUCUGUUGGAGGGGGGGCACUUAAUUCAAAAAUCGCUUGAAUUAUGUAUUCCAUUUUAGAUUUGCUGUACCCGCCUUUAGCCGUUCGCUGUUUAACUCCCUCCAACGCAGCCGAGUGGUCCAGUAAAUGUGCAAGGGCCGCAACAGGGGAUAGGGAAAUGACGUUUUUAGUUUUUAGAUCGUCGAAAUUGUGUCGUAUAAAUUCUUCUAAUUUGACCUUCGUAUCCCUUGUUGCGUAACCCUUGUAAAAUUCUUUGCAUAUCUGGUUGAUAUUAAUUUCGGCCGCUGUUUCAUACUGCCGUAUUAUGUUUUUCAAAAUUUGUAGCCGCACCGGUCUGAAGAAGAGGCUCUAAAAUAAAGUAACGAUUUGUAUUUGUCUGUUUGUCUGUAUGUCGUUCGUUUUGUACAAUUAAUUAUAACAGGCGAUCCGACAGGUCGCCUUUGGAAUUUUUCUUUAAUUUUAAUUUGAACUUCCAAAGGCCACUCGAUGGACGUUAUAGAUAUUAUA